AUAGAUACAAUGGAUUCCGAUACGGAACUACUGGGAGAGGAAGAGGACCUGAACGACGAGCCGGAAGUUUCCUUCGCCCACGAGAUCCUGCAUGUGGAGCACUCGUUCGGUUACGAUUGUAAAAAGCUAUUCAAUCUGGUGUUGGUGGAUCCCGAUACGCUGAUCUUUGCAUCAGGUAACUUCUUAAACUACUUCAGCAUAUCGCGCCAGGAGAUCACCUUUCAGGAGACCAUUUUUGGAUGCGGCAUAGGCUUCAUCACGAAAAACGAACACCCGGACUACCCAAACCUUUUCACGGUAGGCGAGAACGGACCCACACCAACGAUCUAUAUCUACGAGUAUCCCUCUCUUGAUGUCCGAAUUAAGCUCCGGAAUGCGGCAAAGGCCUGCUUCACGGCCGGGUCGUACAACAAAACGGGGGAAUUGUUUGCCUCCCAGGCCGGCUAUCCGGACUUCAUAAUAACCAUAUGGCGCUGGGAGAAGGGCGAGGUGGUGCUGCGAGCCAAGUCAUUCCAGAGCGACAUUCUGUUUGUGCACUUCUCGGAAUUCAAUCCCAUCCUGCUCUGCUCCUCUGGCCUCAGUCACAUCAAGUUCUGGAAGAUGGCCAACACGUUUACCGGGCUUAAGCUGAAGGGGGAUCUGGGUCGCUUCGGCAAGACUGACUUCAGCGACAUCUAUGCCAUGUUCAUGCUCUCCGAUGAGAACGUAAUCUCCGGCUGUGAUUGGGGCAACAUGCUGCUCUGGCAGGCGGGCCUCAUCAAGUUCGAGAUCUGCCGAAAGGGUCGGAAACCUUGCCACAUGAAACCCAUAACUCGGAUCACCAUGAAGAAUGGCGAGGUGACCACAGUGGGAAUGGAUGGCUACGUCCGCGUGUGGUACUGGGAGACUGUUGAUCUAGCCGAUCCCCCCGAGGAUGAUUUGUUCGUGGAGAUCGAUCCGAUCUACGAGUUCAAGAUUGCCGAUGUGGAGCUACGCUGCAUGCAAAAGAUCCUGCCCUUCGACGAGACGGACUUCACCCAUUACGCCCAGGACGGUAAGGGAGGAAUAUGGUUUUGCGACAUCAACACCUUCGACGUGCCCCAAAAGCCACGCAAGCUCUACUCCUGCAUCGGCGGCAAGGUGAUAGCCGCCCAAAUGUCACCCAUAUCGACUCACUUCAUGGCCAUGUCGGAGUGCGGCAAGCUCUUUGUGUACAACUACGAGGAGCAGCGCCUGAUGCUGGAGAAGCAGUUCCCGGCUGAUGGUGUCGAUUUCCUCUGGCUGGACACAAAUGUCUCGUCGCGGGGCACCGAAAUGGUAGCUGGUUUUAAAGACGGCAUCCUUCGGCAGCUAUACCUCGAUAUAAGCGAUCCCAAUAGGCCAACCAUGAAGCGGGUGAGAUGUUUUAAAGCUCACACCUCACCAAUUUCCCGGAUCACCGUCAAUCCAGCGGGGACUGUGUUGCUGACCGGCAGCGUUGACAUGAGCAUAUUUAUCUACCUCCUCGGCAAGGAUGAAAACGAGAUGGUGGAUAUGCAUCCUAUUGGGUUUGUACAGUUUAAGGCGGUGCCGAACUGCUUCUGCUGGCACGAAGAAGUGCCUACCAUUGUCCUAAUCGGCUGCAAGUCCGGUGAGGUCUAUGAGUACAAUAUCCGUACGAAGGUAACUGAAGACGAGACCUAUCUCUCCUACAACAUCACCGAGCCGGCACGGAUGAGGAGCAUUAAAUUCGCAUCUGUGAAGAGCAUUAUCCGGCGGGAGAUCAGGCGGGUGAACGCCAAGAAACGGAAGGAGAAGAAGCGGGAACGCAAGAUGGACGAAAUCGAGAAGCUGAAGAAAGCGAACCCGGGUAUUCAGAUCGAUAUGGAGUCGGCUCUGGCAGACUCGGAGCCCGACGAGGAGGAGGAGCCGCUGCACAUUCCCGCUAUACCCAAUGCAAUUAUUUGGCUCCGCUACACCAACAGAAACACGAUCUGGGUCUCGAUGGCAGGAUACGAUGCAGGAUAUGUCUACGAACUGGAAUUUGGUCAGGCAGAGCCAACCUACAGCACAAUGAUAGCGGAUGCAGAUGACAUCGAGAUCCACUCCUACUGCAUCAUAGAUGAGUACAUUAUGUUCGGAAUGGUCAACGGAGGCAUUCGAGUUAAUCGGUUAAAUCCUGAUAACUUUACCGAUCUCUCUGAGUACCGGAUAUACCCUAUGCACGACUCCCUCAAAGGCAUCAUUCCUUGCAUCCGAACCAGCUUCGAUGGGGAACAUAUGCUCUCUGUGGGAUACGACGGUAACAUGUUCCUCUUCAAGUGGAAUGGACCAAAGAUCGUGAAAAACAGUCGUCGGGACCGUCUGCCUCCACUGCCAGAAGGCUUUCAAGCGGUGCCGGAUAUAGUGGACCCGGAACAGCCGUCCUUAGAGCAGGAAAAGAUCAAUGCAGAGCUCCGAAGGCAACAAGAGGCAGCUGAAGCCCAUGACCGAGAUGUUCUGAACAAGAUCGGGAUUCUGCAGAACGACUACUUUGAUAUUAUUCGGCGGAAUGAAGAGUUGCCGGCACCACUGAGGGCACGGGACACGGACCUGCUACUGGACAAUCGCAUCACUCAGCAAAUCCGAGAUGAACUUCAAGCAGAGCUGGACGAUGUCCGCGAGGAUUUGGCCUAUGACCUGGAAUUCGCCCAGGUGGGCCAUCAUAAGCUCUACAAUCAUUUCCUCAAAAAAUUGGUAUGCGUUCCCUUCACCGUCAGUCACCUGCGUGGCAAUGAACCAGGAGUCUCUUCAUUCCGUCUCGAGGAGUUGGGUGAAGAGUUCGAACAGAUCAAGCGGGACAUUGAGGAGCGCCUAAAAAUGGAGCACGAUAUGGGACUCCAUGACCUUUUAGUGACUGAUGUGGUGGAGGAAACUAUUGGUGAGCCUCCGCCGGAGACGUUCUUCUUUGGCCGCGAUCCGCGUAGCAUCGAGCCGCGCUUCAGCCGGAAGAUGAUGAGACUUCUGACACGAUACCGAAAGCGCCAGAUGUACGAAGUGCGUCGAAUCUUUGACUGGGACAAACUGGAGCGACAGAAGCCAGAUCCCAACCGCAAUCACCCGGAUGACGAUGCCCAGAUAGAGCUGGCCAAACGCAACCUGGGCGACUUCAAGCUCAAAGUUGGGGCAGACUACGAGCCCCGCUCCGAUGAGACUCUGACUCAGAAGUACAUUGAAAUAGUUGAGUGUCGCGAGAAAUACUUCCACAUGGUAAAUUCCUUCAACUCGGCUGUUUUGGAACUGCGGGAUCGAAAGCGCGACCUCAUGACGUUCAUAAAUAGUCAGCGAGAUCGUCUGGCGGUGCUCCAUAGCUAUAUGCCCGAACAGGAUCGCCUCCCCCUGGAUCCCAUACACGAAACUGAUAUGGACGCAGAGUAUCCGGAACUGAACCUCAUAGAGCACUUUACCCCCGGCUGUGGAGUGGAGAUAGACCAAAUCCUUUCAUUGGAGAACAGUGUGGAUGAUGUGAUCGCCUCCCAAAAAAAAGUUGAUAAUCUCAGGAUAUCCAGCUUGUUCAGUUUGCACGGAUUAGAAAAGCCCGAGCUUCACGAGGCCGCCGCCUUUACCAUGCUCGAGAUCUCGAAGCUGGAACGGAGUCUGCCGGCCGAGGAAAUUCACGAAAUGCUCAAUUCUUUUCCGCCGAUCUCUGAAGCGGCCUACUAUGAUCGGGAUGAGGAAGGUAAUUCCAGUUACAUGAACGAGAAUCGCCACAGGUGGCUUAGGCAGCUCCUGGUGGAGCAGGCGUCAAUCCGGACAAACGUGGACGAGGAAGUCCAACAGUUCGACAAGGCCCUGGAAAAGUUGCAGGUGCGGCGCUUUCAUGUCAAGAUGGACUCCGAGUUCAUGGCCUCAUUCAUGAUUAGUCUCAACCAGGAGCUGUAUAUUCUCCGCGACAGUGAAGAGAUCGAGACGCAGCUUCUGCAAAACGCCAAGUCGGCGAUGGCCACUCGAAACGAACUGCAGGUGGUCAUAAACCAAACCAACAGGCAGCUGGAGGAACUGCGUCGCAACAUUGACAAGCUGGGCGAGCAGAUCACUGCCCUGCAGGUGCUCUUCAUGAGCACCGUCAAGGGGCACAAGUUCUUUGACUUCCUGCGUCGCAUUUUCAAAAAGAAGUGGCGCCCACCUAAGGUGGCAAAGGGCGAUGAUGAUGAGUCAUCGUCGGAGUCGGAGUCCUCCUCCUCUAGCGAAGAUCAGCAGGCGGACAACAAGAGUUUGGACUCCCUGGACAUGACCACUAUUCGACUGGACGAGACCACUUGUCCAUCUGGACUGGACCGAACCCUGUACGACCUAGCCUUUCAAAUGCGAUCCGAUCGUCAUGAUCUGGAACGGAAUGUGCGAGACCUGCAACGCGACGUGGAAAACAAACGGAGGGAGAUCGCCGAGAUGCUGAUCAAGAUGAAGUACCAUGAAGAGGUCUACCAACGUGAAAAAAAUGCCCUCAUGGAGUUUCGUCGUCUCAGACAAAAUGAAAUAAAUAAGGUUAAAAUAAGCGUCGUCCUGAGAAUGGACCAAAUACAACAUUUUUACGAAGGUAACGACUACAGAGACCUGUCCAAGGCUGUCCUCUUUAACGCCGACAUGCUGGUGGAACUGCGCCGAAGGGCAGACCAACUACAUGAGGAGACACUGGCCACCAAACGCUGGCACCGCAUCAACUUCAUCCAUUUGCGCCGCAUGAACACGGACAUCAAGUUUAUGCGGUUCGAGAUCACUCGACUGGAGGAGGAAAUACGCCAGGCCAUGAUGAAGAAAUUCGGAAUAGUGGUGAAUCUGGAUGAGUUGGAGGAGGAAGUUCUGAGGCGCUACAUUUUUGACCUAGAGACCACUGCUGAGGAUGAGCUGCGGGCAUUGGAGAAAGAACUGGCCGAGAAAGAGAAAGAACUUUCCCGCUGUGAAGAGGAAUUUGUCCUGGAGACACAAAACAAUACGGAAAAAUUAAAUAUUAUGACUGUGCUCAGGGAGGAGAAAAACAUACUCUGCACUUUACUGGACAUCCAGGAUAAAAACAUGGCCAAGUGGAGUAAUCCCAACGUUCUGAAUCUAUCCUACGACAUCGAGAAACUGAUGGGCAUCGAGAAAUCCCUGCUGCAGCAAAUCGAGUGCCUGGAGCGGGAGAUCUGUGCUCUUCGUUUGAAGUCCAAGCCCUUGCAGAUUAACAGCGAGUACGAAAGGGAUCCCAACGAACAGCCUCAGGUGACCACCGAACUUUUGCCCAACGACGAUGCCAUGAUCUGUCCGGCCAUCCUCAAUGUGGAUGCCUACAUGCUGCCGCCCAUGCCCGAUGAGUUUAUUAUGGAUCGCGUCCAUACAAUCGUCCAGAAGAGCUUCAAUCGAUUCUUUGGACGCAGCACUACGCCGGAGAAUGUCCGCAAAUUCGCCCAACGAUCCUCGCUGUACCUUUGUCAAGCCGCCUACAGCUUCCAGGGACGGUACACAGAUCGCAUUGCCGAGUGCAUUACGGAGCACCUGCAGACGAUUGUGCCCAAGAAGUACUUCAUCCACAUCAGUGCCGAAGAGCUGCGAAAACUCUUCAAUGAAGUGGUUGCCGUGUUCGACUACGAGCGCUCCGAUAUAAACACCGAGGAGCUGAUCUCCGGUAUUUUCGAUCACGCAAAGGAAUCAAUGUGCGCCCUCGUCCCCCAGGCAGAUCUCAGUGUGGUCAACCGCACCCACUUUAUUGUAUCGCACAUGUUUAAAGAGCUGAUUGAAGUACUGCCCCUGGAGGAGUUCCAGUCGGAUGAGACCUGCCGCAUGAUCGUCGACGUUUUAGAGCGAGAGCCAAUGAUCGAUCCACGAGCAAUCGAUAUAGAGGAUCUUAUCCACAACACAUUGCGACACGCCCGUGAGAAUCUCCUGGACGGGAUCACAGCUGUUCCAGUGCGUAAGCUGGGAAGCAAUAUCCAGCGGGACCUGAUCAAGCGGCGUCAGUACAAGCCGCCCAGCUGCGAGUCACCCAUGUCGGUGCGCAUUGCCACCAAAAAGGCGCCCAACGUCAGUGGUCUCCCCUUCUAGGCUACAUAUCCUAAUUUUUAUCGAGAAUUUCUUAAAUUUUUCGGAUGUUACUCAUUUUUGGAAAU